ACGGCAUCACCUGACUUCGGCCGCUUUGUCUCAAAAAAAAAGUCACUUUGGCCACUGAACGUGGGAUUGGGCGAGACGGGCGUGGCGUGGUGGCCGACGGCGAGACGGCACAAGCGGCAAGCGGGGCACAGGCCGUGCGUCGUCGUGUUCUUGCUGACGGUGACCUCGCAGCCACGGUCGUCGGCGGCAGCGCAGGGCAGUACUCGCGGCGAGGCGGCGACCGGCGGGCUGCAACGCCACCUCGCGCGGAACCUGUUCGACGUAUUGCCCCGCCCAACCUACUCUCCUGGACUCUCUCUCUCUCUCGUGCCAUGGCGACGGCAUUGCUUCACGCCACCCUCGGCCGGCCACCAUUGUCGUCUCCCUCCACCUCCAGCUCCCUGCCAUUCAGGCGCCACCGCUUCGAGGUCCCUCUCCCACGGCACCCAGGCUUGGUGGCACACCGGCGCGGGGCGUGCCCGAGGAUCGAGGCCAUGGCGAGGCACGGCGCGCGGAAGGAGAACGCCAAGGUCAGGAACCGCCGGCUGCAGAAAAAGUACAAUGGCACUACGACCAAGCCCAGGCUGUCCGUCUUCUGCUCCAACAGGCAGCUCUACGCCAUGCUCGUCGACGACCACGGCAAGAAGAUCCUCUUCUACGCCAGCACCCUGCAGGAGGAAAUCCGCGGCGACCCUCCAUGCAGCACCGUGGAGGCCGCUCGGAGGGUCGGGGAGGAGCUCGUCAAGGCGUGUAUAGAGCUGGACAUCUCCGAGGUCUCGUGCUACGACCGCAACGGGUUCGCCCGAGGGGAGAAGAUGAUGGCGUUUGAGGACCCGGUCGCGCAGCACGGGUUCCUGCCCAGAUAGCAAAGUUCUGAGAUCCUUGGGAGGCUUGCACCAGCUGCUCAGCGUAGCAGGCUAUUUAGUGAAGAGUAGGAGUGUAGCCUGUGGGAAGUUGUUUGCUCUAUGAACUGCUUGAUGUAUGAUCAGGAGUACUCGAUAUUUCACAGCAUGUUAUUAAGCCAGACAAUCA